GACCAGGUCCCUUCAUUCAGAAGGGAAAUUGUGACGGUGAAAAGUGGGACGUAAUUAAGUUCGAAAGACUUUUCUAGGACGACAUGGCACGUACCAAGCAGACUGCCCGUAAAUCGACUGGCGGUAAAGCGCCAAGGAAACAGCUGGCCACUAAAGCUGCAAGGAAAAGUGCACCCUCUACUGGUGGUGUGAAGAAGCCUCACAGAUACAGGCCUGGAACUGUAGCCCUGAGGGAGAUCCGUCGUUACCAGAAGUCGACAGAGCUGCUGAUCCGCAAGCUUCCCUUCCAGCGCCUGGUUCGAGAAAUCGCCCAGGACUUCAAGACCGACCUCAGGUUCCAGAGUGCGGCCAUCGGCGCUCUGCAGGAAGCCAGUGAAGCUUACCUUGUCGGUCUGUUUGAGGACACCAACCUGUGCGCCAUCCACGCCAAAAGAGUGACCAUCAUGCCCAAGGACAUCCAGUUGGCAAGGCGAAUCCGAGGCGAACGUGCUUAACUUCACAACUUUUUGAACUCAACAUUUUGAUGACAAUUUCUUUUUUUUUGAAGUCCUAUAUUGAACUGCAAAUACCUACACGUGUGCAGGUUCAAUUUAAUUUUGUAUGUUAGUAUUGGUAGAAAACAAAGGCUAGUGGUUUACAGUGCAAAGGUAGCAAGCAUUUUGUAAAACAUUCCUUCAAACUCCCUCUCAGGUUUUUAAAAAGUCAAUUUGUAUCAGAAAUUGUUAUACCUCUGAAAUAUUGUGCUGUAGACAUUAGUUUGCAUGCUUCCUAUUGGAUACAUUAUUAGCAAACUUGUAAUCUUUUUCUUUUUUGCAUUGUGAUUCUUGGGUUGUAAAUAAACUUUCCACUACCUCA